CGAUCUAGUAUCUGCGCAGUGUACGUUACGUUAACGCGUACGAUCCGGCCGGUCAUUUGUGAUUUGGGAGACGAUUUGGUGUGCGAUUGAGGUGUGAAAAUUUGCUUUGCUAAUAUGAGCCAGAAGUUAUCUUCAUGAAAAUGGCCGGUAUCUUCGCUCGCUACAAUGAGCCAAGAGAUUUCCAGGGCCAAGAUCUCGACCACUAUGAAGAUGGUGGAGAUGACAUACAAAGAGCCUCUGUUGAUGUCCACAUACCAGAGGACAAUCUUGGUUACCGUCUUCUCCAAAAGCAGGGCUGGAAGCUAGGCCAGGGCCUUGGUCGCAAACAACAAGCUAGCUGUACGUGCUUCGAUUCUUCCCCAGCCCAGAGGGUUAGAACUCUAGGCCUAAAGAAAGAGAGAAACCAGAUCCAGUCAACUUGGCCUAAAUGAAUGCCCAGCACUGCCUCCAGAUCAUGGCCAGAGAUAAGAAUUAAUUUGGUCUCUUGACUUUCACUAACGUCAUGCCAGCUUGAUAGAUCCACUUUCCUUCAGACGAUGCAAUCAUCACAAUAUGCUCGUACAGGAUGAGCGACCAUUCUCGCUCCGAGACCUAGACUCACGGUUUAACCGAGCCGCUGCCCAUCAUCAUCAAGUCCGAUGGCUUGGGUAUGGGACGCAUGGAGAUGGAGUUGGAGCAGGCGGAGGAGGUCACUGGACACCGACGCAAGAUGGAGGUGGAGAAAGAGGACACGGAAGAACUCCGUCAAAAAUACAAAGAGAACGCAGAGAAGGAGAAAGCCAAGGAUGAUGCCUUGUCAGAGAUGAAGGCCAGCUACUACUGUGAACUCUGCAACAAGCAGUACAAGAAGCACACAGAGUAUGAGAAUCACAUCAACUCAUAUGACCAUCAUCACAAGCAGCGCUUGAAGGACUUGAAGGCACGCGAGUUCGGCCGAACCGUUGGCUCAAAGAUGAAGAAAGAAGAGAAGAAACGGCAGAAGGAGUUGAAAAAGCUACACGAGAUGGCCCAGCUGAGAGCUCAGCCAGUUGACAAAAGUGCCAGCAACGGAGGUCACAAGAUGGCAAAGAAGGGGAAAGGGGAAGGCAAGCCAGCUUCUUGCGAGUCAGGAGGGGGAUGGAACAGUGUGCCGCCACCUAACAUCUACGACCCCAAACCAGGCAUAGAGGGUCAGGGAGAUGGCAACUCCAGGACAGAGACGGAAGAUACUUCACACAACAAACCACAAGUGACAGCUGACAAGAAGCAGUCUGGCCCACAGGAGAGGGAGACGCGGGGGAAGUCACUCGCUCGGAAGCGUCUCAUGGCCUUCGCUCAGGAGAAGAAGCUGUCGCCCAGUCGGCAGGAGGAGCUUGAUAACGCCAACAAGCAGAACAACUUCUCGUUCAGCUUCUCCAAGAAAACUCUGACGAGGAUAGCGACAACAUCGGUCUUUGAAGGUGAUCAGACAAAUGCUACUCAAGGGAAUGACUCUGAGAGCACAGCUGAGUCUACAUUGCUAGACGAUUGUCCAGCAAAGAGCACCAGAAAAUCCAAAAAAGUGAAGAUAAACCGCUCGUUUGGUGCAGACCAACCAGGUUCGUCCAAUGCAAGUGGAAAGGUGAAUCAUGUAGCCUUCAUCAAAGCGGAAAAGAUUUCAGAGCAAACGGAGACAGCUAAAACUGAGACAAAGGCUACAAAGGCAAAUGCAAAGGUUACCAAAUAUAAAACGGGUGAGUGUCCUUCACAAAACGGACCCAGCAUCCCAAAGAAGCCCGAUGAAAAGGCAGCCAACAAAAAAGUGAAAUCUAACAGCAAUAAACCAUGCAAUGAAGUAAGCAAUUCCACAGAGGCAGAGACUGAUGCUAAGAAUGAACUGAAGGAUCAUGCCAGCCUUAGUGAUGCCACUCCCAAACCCCAAAGAACUAAAUCCCAUAACCCAUCAUGUCAAACAAAGGACAGCCAACCUGCUGCUGCUACUCCACAAAAGCAAAGUCCAAGUGAAAACACAACGACAUCAAAAACUCUAGCGUCAUCAACAGCAAAAGAAGGCAAUGGGGUGACUAAAACAAAUUCUGUUGAAGCACCUGAAGUAACUUGCGUUGUAAAAAAGGAGCCAGGCACAGAGGAAACGGUUGAUACAAACGAGAAGAAAAUGGAUGGAGUAUGUGUCGGUGGUUGUGGCAAUGAUGAAGAGAAUACAAAUAAGGAAGAGGACCGUUCCUUAAAGCCAAGCCAAGAAAGCACUGCUUCUCACGAGGCUACUUCAUCUCAGGCGGAUAGUAAGCCACCUAUUUUUCCUGUUUUAGAAAAGGUUGAUGAGGGUUACCUUGCAGUUCGAGGACAAGAUGACGUAACAACUUUACCCUGGCCAAUGGAGAUGAUAUGCUACACUCAGACAGAACCUGUGAUAUCAUUUAGUGUAAAUCCCUUGCAUUUUGAGUUUAGAAAGCUUGUAAACAAAAACAGCACUGACUCUGGGGACAAAGUGGACAAAUCGACAGCAGCGCCUGGAAGUAAGGUGGAGCAAAGCAACCAGGAUCCAAACCCCUCUCUGGGUGGCAAAAUUUCAGAAGUUGAUAAUAGCCAACCUGUCAAAGAUCUCACUGAAAAUCCCAAAGAUUCAUCUGAUCGGAGGCAUGCCAAGAAACGAAAGAAGCGGAGGAGAAAGAGGAGGCGUUCCAACAGAUCAGGUCACUCUCGAAGCUCUGACCGCUCAGAUGAUGGGAGGAAGAAGCGACAUCGAUCUAAAAGCUCACAUAAUUAUGAUCGUUCGCAUUCUCCAAGAAAGUCUAAUGACGAAGAAGAUAAAUCAGGUACCUCUAAUAGGAAGCACAAACGUAGACAUAGGAAGCAUUCUGCAAGUGACUACAGUUCUGAUGAUGAUUACGACCGGCGUAGCAGACGUAGGAAGCGAUCUCGUGACUACAGUGAUGACUCACAGGAGUCUGAUCACGAAAGACGUAGGAAAUCGGAAAGACGGGAUUCUAGUCGUAGGUCUCGUAGUCGCUCCAGAUCUUACAGUGAUGAUGAUCGUUCUUCUAGGAAGUCCCAUAGGAGACGCAGUCAUAGCAGACAUCGAGACAGUGACAGCGAUUCAGAUUAUGAAAGGUCAAGGCGCCAUUCUCGAAGCAGACAUAGUCGAUCGAGAUCUUGGUCCCGCUCAAGAUCACGGUCAAAUUCUCCCAGAAGGCAUUCGGACUACAGGACCUCUACCAGAUAUUCUCGAUCAAGAAGUCGAUCACCUCUUUAUCGAAGGUCACCUCUUUCAAGUAGACCCAGUACCAGGCCUGCAAUACUUGACAAGCGCAAGGAUGACACUGCGAUGAAAGGAAGAAAACUUGAUGAGUCAAUAGGUGGGAAGAUCUCAACAGGCUGCUCGAAUCUAAAAGAAAGGGUGCGUAAAGCUUUAAAAGAGAGUAUUGCCUCUGAACCUAGUCUGAAGACUGAUAAACCAACUUCAGGAAUCAGCACCAAGUCAAAGGAGAAGAUUUCAGACCUUUUGCAAAAUUUAGCAAACCUGGAAGACCAGACACAAUUGACGAAGGGUGGAGGACUUGUGAUAGAGAGUAUGUCUUCUGUUGCUCCCAAACCUGUAAAAACAUCCACUGCUGUAACUGGAAAAAGCCAGGAUUCUGCUGUUGUGAAGAUCAAAGGUGAAGAGGGUACAGCAAGUGAUGAUGAAGAAAAAGACAGUCCAAAUGGAAAGUUAGGGAGUGUGUUUAAAGUUCCCUCUGUACCAGCUCCUAAGAUCAUGAAGACAACAAAACAAGAAGGAAAGAACCAGAGUGGGAAUGAGGCAGUAGUUAAAUCUUCACAAAAGAAAGAUGAGUCCAGUAGCAAAGCAGACAGAAAAUCCCCCUCACCACCAUCCCAAACCAAAGACAUGUCCAUACCUCCAGAGGAAAUGGAGAAAUACCGCGAGCUCCAAGAGCAGGCAAGGCUUCACGUACAGCAACAGAUGAUGCAGUCCCAGGGACAGGUCCCUAUGCAACAAGGAAGCCACCAAGGUCAGGCUGAGGAACAGCAACUUACCCAUGGGAUGCAUAUGAUGCCCAUAACCCAAGGAGAAGUUGACGGCCAACAUGCUGAGCAGUAUGUAGAUCCUAGUCUGGGCCUUCAAGCCGCUCACCCAGGACUCCAAGGAACUCCUCAGGUUAUCCAAGGCAACGAAACAGUGCCGCUCCAAGCAAUCCAACAAGGUCAAGUGUUGGCACAUGAUCCGAACCUGGCAGCUGGUCGGAUACAGUUACUCCCAUCUCAUCCUGGUCAAAUGAUUGUACGUCCUCCUGGUACUGUUUUAGCUGCACGUCCUGGUCUAAUUCCUGGUCAGUUGGUUGACACUCGUACUGGCCAAGUUUUGGUCCGCCCUCCUACUCCAGUAAUAAGUCCGCGCCCCGGUCAGCUGAUAGAUGCUCGCACUGGCCAAGUUGUUGCCCGUCCCCCUGGGCCAGUCAUUGCACAACACCCUGCUCAGGUUGUAGAUGCUCGUACUGGUCAAGUUUUAAUUCGUCAACCUGGUCCAGUGGUUGGUCCCCGUCCAGGUCAGCUUGUAGAUGCUCGCACUGGUCAAGUUUUAAUUCGUCAACCUGGUCCAGUGGUUGGUCCCCGUCCAGGUCAGCUUGUAGAUGCUCGCACUGGUCAAGUUCUUGUGGCACGUCCUGUACAAGUUUUACCUCCUCGUUCAGGCCAAGUUAUCCUUGCCGCACCAGGUCAGCCUCAGCCAGUCAGCCUACCAUCUCCAGGGCAAGAAAUUCCUCGCCAUCCCAGUCAGCCACAACUGUUGGUUCGAGAGACAGGUGAAGUUUUGGCAGCUGGACCAACCAUAAGCCCUUCUCCAUCAGUGUCCCCUGGUCCAUCCCUGACCCCUGGUCCAGCCGUGACUCCUGCACCAAUGUUUACGCCUGGACCUACACCAGGACCUGCCUUAACACCAGGAGCAAUGUUGGCACAUCGUCCAGGAUUGCUACCAGGUCAAGUUCUAGCCUCAAGCCCCCAGUUGGCACCAGGUCAGAUGUUACCUCCCAGACAAUUUGUGAAAGUAGUCCCAGGUCAACCCCCAGUUUUGGUUUCAGAGGCUGAAGCAAUGCUGGGAGUACAGCGGCUGCCAAGUCCAGCCGGGGUCCCUUUCCCUAUACAUCAUAUUCGUAUCCCAGUUCCAGGUACUCAGGCUGCAAGUCCCAUGAUGGUUCCAGCUGGUUUCCCAGUCCGCAUGCAUCACGUCCGUACACCUUCACCCCAAGCUCAUCAAAUGCUACACACUCCUCCCCAAGCUCACCAAGUGCUACACACUUCUCCCCAAGCUCACCGAAUGCUACACACUCCUCCCCAAGCUCACCGAAUGCUACACACUCCUCCCCAGACUCUUGGUGUCUCCGAACAGCAUUCCUCUUCACCAAGUCCUCAACCUGUAUCUUCCUCAACCCCACAGCCUUCACUGUCACCCACCAGUCCUUUACUAGUCCAAGCACCCAGCCCUUCACUCGUGCAGAUAGCCAGCCCAGGCCCUAACCCAAGUCCGAUGCGGAUGAUGAGUCCAGUACCCAUUGCCAUCUCGCCCCCUGGCUUGCCUGUGAAUGCCAUGCGGAUACCUUCCCCUAUGCAGGUUCCUUCUCCAGUACCUGUGAUGUCCCCAGUCCAUGCACAGCCUGGACAUCCUGGCGGCAUUCCUGCAAUGUUUGGUACACAUUUACCUCCUGGAGUACCCCUUCAGAGUAUGCUCCGUCUAGCUCACCCGUCAGUUCCACAGGCUGCUACAUCGGUUGCCAUGCCUGGCUUACCUCCCGGAGCUGUUCGUGUAACAUUACCACCUGGGAUGGCUCCGGGGAUGGUAGGAGGUCCUCGUAUAGCUUUGCCAGCAGGUGUUUCUAUGCCAGGUGCUUUUGCUCUUCCAGGUGCCAGGAUGGGCCAACCUGGGGCUGUCAUCCCAGCAGCAGCCCAAGUCCCCGGAGUCCCAAGAAUGGCCCUUCCAAGAGGCAUGGUAGUUCCUGGGGGCAUGGCUGUGCCAGGGUCUAUAGCUGUACCCGGGGGGAUAGCUGUGCCUCAGGGAAGACCCACUCCUGGUGGAGUUGCCAUGCCACAGAGAUUCUCACUUCCCAGGAUGGUCCAAGUUCCAGGUAUGAGGCCUGGCAUGAGGCCUAUGAUGUUUGCUGCAGCUCCUGGUCUAAGACCACCUACAAAUGCUGCAGCAUCCUUACUUGGGAAGCCCAUCUUCAAGCCAAGUGACAGGGGACCUGGAGGUCCUUCCCCAUCGCCUGGUUCUGCAUGAGAGGAGUAGCCAAAUACUUUCAUGGUAGUCUGGAUAAUGUUAGUAUUAAUUCAGCAACAGGUUCCAGUUUCACAGAACUCCCAAGCAAAUGCUAGAUGUUUCGUCAAGCAAAUGAAAUCUAUCACAGCAGCUAUGCACAACCCCUGAAAUGUUGGUUGGUCUCUGUCUUUGCUUUAAGGUAGAAAUAUUGUGUUAUUGUAGCUCUGUAAAAUUGGCCCAAGGUCUUCGAGUAUGUAGUUUUAGAGAGGCGUGCUGGGCCACCUUUAUUCCCCUAAAGAUUGUAAACUGGCAUGUGUUUUUUUUUAUUAUUUAGUAGUUGGUUACCCAACACAAAUUGACGAAAAUGCUUUGUACAUUUUAGUAAGGACUGUUUGUCAAAGUGAUAAUUAUCAUUGAGAAGUUAAGAAGCAUUUGUCGGAAAAAUUUACGUUGAACACAUGAUUUGAUUUGAAAGUGGAAAAAAGACUCCAUUUCCAAACUUGUCUAAAGUUUUUAUUUCAAUUGAUAAAAGACCAGUCAUACGCAAACAAAAAAUAUUUCUGAAAGCUGCACAAUUAUAGUUGCUGAUUAAUUGAGUGUGACAUGGUGAUACUAUCCAUGCAUGCAUUAGAACUUUUUAGUAAAUUAUUUUAUUCAGUGUAUAGAGGGGCCUCGUGUUUAAUGUGCCACACACCACAUAUUAAUUUAAGGAUAAUUUGUACAUUUAUUAUGUAUAUUUAUUUCAAAUGAGUUGCAAUACGUAAAAAAAAAAUGAAGAGGUGAUGUGUUGAAGGUCAGGCUAAUGUGAUGCCUCAAAAGUAGGGGUACAGUAACAUGUAUUUACAAAUAAUAUGGUGCCAAAAAAAGUGCACAUUUUUAACUUCUGCUUAUUUUAUGAUUGUUGCAAUUUUGCUUAGCAUGUAGUGAUUUUUUAUAAUCAGUUCUCUCCACCUCUCUUCCCCCCCCCCCCCAAAGGGUAAAUGUAUAGUUUAAUACCACAGUGCACGCCUUUCCUUUCAAAAAUAGCCAUAAAUAAGUUCGUCUUUUUUCAUUGUUGUGACGUAGUGUAAUUAGUGUGGGUAAAGACGUGCAUCACUUGCACAAAUUUUGCAGUUCAAAUGUCAAGAAAUAUCAUAGUUAAAUUCUAAGUUGUCAACUUUUUCCUGACCUGCAUACAGUGGCCAUUUUGGGGAUACUUUUGAUGAACGGUUUUUAAAAAAAAAAAUACUUUUAAAAAUGUUUUUUAUCCAGUUUCUUUUUCUGUAAACUCACGAGCUGCGGGGUUUGUUUUUUUUGGUGAUAAAAAAAAACAUAAAAAUGAAAAUUCACACAUAAGGAUUGUGACCUCCAAUCAUCUCUCCAUUGAUGUGUGCCCCAAACAUGCAAUACUUUCAAAUACUUUCAAAAUACCAUUCUGGGGUGGUCAAAAGUCCACCGUUUCCAAUUGAGCUUGCGGCACUGAAGUGUUGCGUACUACAAGAAAAGGUGACUUUCUGCUCAAUUCUAUGAUUGAAAAUAAUUCAUAAAUUAGUUAACCCCAAUUUUGUGUUCUCUACAAAUGUACUAUUUUUCUCAAUAAAGCUUGCUACAAAAAAAUAAUGAAUUUGUGCUUAACAAACGUUCAACUCUGAAUGCUUGUGUUGUGAAAAGACUAAGCAGUGUAUAGCAAUUUGUAAUGGAAAC